CCGUCUGUCCUGCCGCGGCCCGCUGCCGUCCGCCUGAGCGAGGCCCUGUCCGGCUGUCGGGGCGUCCGGCUGUCCCUCGGGGUGUCCGGCUGUCCAUCAGGGUCUCCGGCUGUCUGUCUGCGUGGUUGUCUGUCCAUCGGAGGUCCGGCCGUCCAUCCAUCCACCCACCCACCCCACCCGUCACCGCCUCCCCGACGCCAUGUACACCGCGCUCCCCAAAAGCGGUUCCCCCUUCGGCCCCGCCGCCACCCACCCGGGGCUGCACAUCUGGCGGGUGGAGAAGCUGCGGCCGGUGGAGGUCCCCGAGGCCACCUGGGGCGUCUUCUUCUCGGGGGACGCCUACCUGGUGCUGCACAACGGGCCGGAUGAGCGAGCCCACCUCCACCUCUGGAUGGGCCGGGAUUCCUCGCGGGACGAGCAGGGUGCCUGCGCCCUCCUCUCCACCCAACUGAACGCGCUGCUGGGCGAGCGCCCCGUCACGCACCGCGAGGUGCAGGGCAACGAGUCCGACGUCUUCAUGGAGUACUUCCCCCGCGGCGUCACCUACCAGGAGGGCGGCGUGGAUUCGGCGUUCAAGCCCACCCGCCCCGGCGCCGGCGCCAGUGCCGGCCCGGUGCGCAAACUCUACCAGGUGAAGGGCAAGAAGAAGAUCCGGGCGAGCGAGCGGGAGCUGAGCUGGGCCAGCUUCAACACCGGCGACUGCUUCAUCCUCGACCUGGGCGAGACCCUCUUCGUCUGGUGCGGGGCCGGGAGCAACGUGCUGGAGCGCAGCAGGGCGCAGGAGCUGGCCGCGGCCAUCCGGGACGGUGAGCGGGGCGGCAAGGCUCGCCUGGAGAUCGUGGCGGACGGCGAGGAGCCACCUGAGAUGCUCCAGGUGCUGGGCCCCAAGCCCACCUUGCAGGAGGGCAGCCCCGAGGAGGACAUCGUGGCCGAUCAGAGAAACGCGGGGGCAGCCGUCCUCUACAAGGUGUCGGACGCGACGGGGCGCAUGGACCUGAGCCAGGUGGCCGCGAGCAGCCCCUUCAGCCAGAGCCUGCUCUGCUCCGACGACUGCUUCGUGCUGGACAACGGCGCCGGCGGGAAGGUCUACGUCUGGAAAGGGCGCAAGGCCAACGAGCGGGAGCGCCAGGCAGCCCUGAAAGUGGCCGAGGAGGUCAUCGCCCGCAUGGGCCACUCGCCCCGGACACAGGUGGAAAUCCUGCCCCAGGGCCACGAGACGCCCCUCUUCAAGCAGUUCUUCACCGGCUGGAAGUGAGGGAGUGGGUGCCCGCGGGGCCGGCGCCCGGCCCAGGGGGUCACCAGGCUUGUGCCGGCUGUGCCAGCUCCCUGCCGAUGCCUGCGCCCUGCUCAGCUGUCCCCGUGCCAUCCCCGUGCCCGUGCCAUCCCCGUCCCCAUCCCCGUGCCUUUGCCCAUCCCAUCCCCAUGCCAUCCCCAUCCCCGUGCCAUCCCCAUGCCAAUGUCACUCACACCCUUGUGCCAUCCCCAAGCCCGUGCCAUCUCCAUCCCCGUGCCUUUGCCCACCCAUGCCCACGUCAUUCCCUUCCCCGUCCCCGUGCCACCCCAAGCCCGUGCCAUGCCCGCCAUAACCCCGUGCCCACGCUGUCGCCCCACCCUCGCUGCUGCCGUGCCCUCACCGCCUUCCUGCUCACGCCCGCGCCACCCCCGUGCCCACGCUGCGCCACCUCCGGGCCCCAUCAGCUCCGUCCCCACGCCACGACCGUGCUGUCCCCACGCCCACGCCACCUUCUCACCCAUGCCCGCGCCGCCCCCGUGCCCACGUGUCUCCCCCAUCCUGCGCCCAGGCCCGGGCGAAUAAAGGGAGGGUGCUGAG